UUAUUUUGUGCUUUGAACUUUUUAGUUUUUAUUUUUAAUUUAAUAAUUUGAGGUCUUGAGGGUCUGUUAAUUAAAAUCAACUCACUCAUUCACUGUCGUUUUUCAGUAAACUCAUUAAUACACACUUUCACAUACUAUUACAUUUAUUGCAAUUAUUAAAAAUUAUGUUUCUUUUAUAUUUAUUACAAUUAGGUAUUAAUUAAAUAAUUGUGUUAUUAAUUGACUCUUUGUUAAAAAUUUAAAAUGAUAGAACCACGUUUACCAAUAAAGAUCAACUGAUCAACCAAGCUCUGAAAAUCAAAAGCUCUUUGUUGUUAAUAAUUUUGAUCAGUGUUUGAUAAUGGAAGCCGUUAAUAAGUUGAUUCAACUACUAAAACACAGAGGAGAAUAUUUUGUUACUGGUCAUGACAAAUUAACACUUGAUACAGAAAUCCUCCAUACUAUUAACACAAGAGUAUUAUCAUCACUUCACAAUGAUCAUAUUUUAAAUCAUCACUACUUAUCUGAAAUCUUAAAAAAAGUCACAAAGUUAAAAUUACUCAAAUCAUCUAACUUUGAUCUCAGUCAUUCUAUCAAACUUUUCCCUUUUCAUAGUCUAGUUUAUUUAGAACUUUAUGAUAUAGAUAUAGAAUGGUUGGUAGGUUUGAAUUACGAAAAAAUUGAAGUUCUAAUUAUAUAUGGCUCAUUAAAAUCAUUAGCAAUGUUGUUAAAUAGAAAAUGGGUUAACCUCAAAUAUUUAGCACUUAGAGGCAGCCAUCUUAAAACAUUAGAUAGGUCAUUAUUACUGGCACCUCAUCUCACAUACUUAGAAGCUCCUAGAAACUUACUAACUGAAGUUGAAAAUAUUGAAAAACUAGAAUGUUUAGACAUUUUAAAUUUAAGCAUAAAUAGACUGACUCAAGUACCGAUAUUAAGUGAUUAUGGAGCUAGAAAUUUAACUGUAUUAAUAUUGAGCUACAAUUGCAUAAAUAAUUUAACAGGUUUAUCUAAAUUGACAAAUUUAAAAGUAUUAGAUUUGUCAAAUAACAUGAUUGUGCAUCAUGAUUCAAUAUCAGCAGUAGGUGAUAUGGCUUUUUUAAAAUAUUUAAAUUUAAACAAUAAUCCAGUAACUUACAUAAGGAAUCAUAGAGAAAUAACAUGUGGAUUUCUUCAUGAAAAUGCAGCUGUUGAACUUUUUGAACUCGAUGAUCAGUUACUUUCAAAAUCAGAAAAACAAUAUGUUGGACAGUCUUCMAGAUCGUUAGAUCUGUCAUUUUUACAUUACCAACAGCCUCCUACAAGUGUUAAAGCCAAAAAAAUAAGGUCUCCUGUUAUUGAAGACCACAAAUGGGAAAAAAGUUGCAUUAUUCAAACUCCUGUUCUUCCAACAACUUUAAAAAAAGAAAUUCUAAAGUCAGAACAUUUAUCUACUAAAAAAAAAAUUGAAAAUGUACGAGAAAUGUUUGGAGAAGAUAACUGGUUACAUAGUCAUGCUGGAAGUUAUGUUCAAGAUAUAUUGGGUAUCAAACAGCAAUCAGAAAAUGAAUCCUUUUCUGAAGAAGUUCCUGUACAGGCAGAAAAAGUUAUUGAUGACAGUUAUUCAAAAUCUAAUGAUCUUACUGAUAAAAAGGAGGAUAUUAUAGUAUGUAAUGAAUCUCAAUUAGAAAUGGAUGUGGAGCCAGAAAUAGUUGUUCAAAAAUUAAAUGUUGACUCAAAUCUAGAUUGUAACAUGUUAAACAAAAACAAAGAACCCUUAAAAUUAUCAGAAAAUUAUUGGCCAGCUCAAAAUAUCGACAUGAAAACAAGCGAAUAUUCCAAUAUUUUAUUAUGUUUAACUGAAAGAGAAUUAAAAGAAAGAAAUUCUGUUGAUGGUCAUUUGCUUGCUACCUGGAGCCGAGAUUCAAUUGAAAGUUGUGUCAAAAUUGGCUUUGAUCCUAUUAAACUACAAUUAAACUUUAUGACUAUUAGAAAAAAUCUAAAUCAAAGAAUAUAUACAAUGAGUGAAGAUGAUGCAAAAGAAUUUUUAAACAUUAUUAGUAUGGAGUUAGAGUCAAGGACAUUAAGUGAAAUGAACCAAUUAGUAUUUAAAUGUUUAAAAUGUGCAACAAUAUUUUGUCAAGAAAGCAAUAGAAAUCUUCAUAAGGAAAAGAGAAAAAUCUGUUGUCCUAGUUGUGAUAGCUAUAUCAUUGUACAAAUAGAAGAAGAGCUUCUUCCAUCUACUUCUAAUAAGCUACAGCAUCUUUCAGAAAAAGAUGAGCUAAAUGUUGUUGAAGAAGAAAACUCUAAUAAUUCAACACCUAUUAACUCAAGAUCUAGCUCAGAAGAACCAGAACAACGAAUAUUUUCUAGUAAUGAUAGUGAUGUAGAAGUCAUAAGUAAUCCUAGUGAGAAAUCUGUAGAAAUUCUAGAAGUAAUAUCAAGUACAGAAACCAAAUCAGAAAAACCUCACCUGACUGUUGAUGUCCGAACUGCGUUAACUGAAAGUAGCUCUUCAGGAUCAAUGACAGAUAGUGUGUGUACCGCUUAUGAAAGUCGAAAGCAACGCAACAACAGUUCAUCAACAAUGAAAAGAAGUAACAUCGAUUCUAGGAUUCCAUCGGUAGUAGAUGUGCCUAUUAAGUUCUCUUAUGAUGAUUUUGUAUUAAUUGACCUAAGAUUAAAAUCAUAUGUUCAACAUAAAUUUUUUGGGAAUGAAGAAGAAUUUGUACUUGUUUUUCGUUGUAAUUGUAUAAUGACAAGCCCCGAUCACCGACUUGAUGGGUGUGUGAUCAUAUCCAAUAAAUCAUUAUAUAUAUUUAAAUUCAUCGGCCAACCAGAUGAACUCUUACAAAAAGUGUCUAGACAUCGACUGAGUCUUGUUAAAUCCAUAGCUACUCUUCCGUGGAAUGUUGGUCUAGCCAUUUGUGUCAGUCAACCAGAAAGAGACAUCAAAUAUACAUUUGUUCUCUAUGUGCCACAUAUCACCAUACGAUUAAUUGCAUUUUUAGAAAGAAUAAAACCAUUUGGACAACGAGAAGUAUUAGUUUCUUCCCCAAACACUAAUUCUUAUCUAUACGUCAACAAUAUUCUUUACAAAAAUGAACUGCACUUACCUAUAAUUCACGUGGUGUUCUGCGAAUGUGCAACAAUCAUCUCUGAUAAUGGACUUGUAGAAAUAAUUGACUUACCAGGUAUUGUGAUUACCGAAUAUGAAGUGGUAGUAUUAGGUGGUGAAUGUGCGUGGCUGAUACCUUACGAAGACCAUUUCCCAACAUUAGCUCACGUUCAGCAAAUGAGUUCAUUCAAUUGUAUUGAUAAAAAUGAAGAGACACUUAGAUUACAAUUUAAUGAUAAUGUAUCGUGGUUAUUAAUAGUAAAUCAUACUGAAGCUGAACAUCUGAUGGGUGAAACAAUAAGAAUAUUAACAAACGCUAAACAAAAAUUGUGUUCUGCCAUGCAAAUGACCUAUUAAAAUUGCUCAACUUAGACGAACCAAAUCUUUCAAUAAAACUGUUACAUCUCAAAAUAUCUCAGAAGUAUGCAAUUGAAAUUUAUUAUUUUUUAAAUGAGAAUAUUUAUAAUACUCUUAACGACAUUAACAUAAUUCAAAUUCAUGUGUUCAUUUGAUUAAUUGUUAUAAAUGCAUACCAAGAGCAUAAUGUGUAACUAUUUUAUUCAUUGUUAUUUCUGCAUA